CGCGGCCACCAGGGGGGAGUGCUGAGCUCAGAGCUGCCGCAGCGCCGGAGCAGGAGCCGGAGCGGAGCCGGAGCGCGCGAGUAGCAUCCUUGGUGGCAGAGCACCCAAGGCCGGAGCACUGCUGCGCUCCAGCUCAGGGAGGGUGACUCAAGAGCCUGACCACGGCAGGACCCCACUGGCCCCGAGUCCAUCCAUACCCAGCGUAGCCCAGCCCCGCGCAUCUGCUCGCAGUAGCAGCCGCUGCGGCCACCACAGCUCCAUCCCCCAGCCCGGCCCCGAAACCCAGGCCGCCAGGAUGGACGUGUUCAUGAAGGGCCUGUCCAUGGCCAAGGAGGGCGUUGUGGCUGCAGCUGAGAAAACCAAGCAGGGGGUCACCGAGGCAGCAGAGAAGACCAAGGAAGGCGUCCUCUAUGUCGGAAGCAAGACCAAAGAGGGAGUGGUACAAGGUGUGGCCUCAGUGGCUGAGAAAACCAAGGAGCAGGCAUCGCAUCUGGGAGGAGCUGUGUUCUCUGGGGCUGGGAACAUUGCAGCAGCCACGGGCCUGGUGAAGAAGGAAGAGUUCCCCACAGACCUGAAGCCAGAGGAGGUGGCCCAAGAAGCCGCUGAGGAGCCCCUGAUUGAGCCUCUGAUGGAACCAGAAGGGGAAAGUUAUGAGGACUCACCCCAGGAGGAAUAUCAGGAAUACGAGCCAGAGGCGUAAGGGGUCCAGGAGGGCCUCGCACCAGCAGCACAAUUCCUUCUGUCCCUGUCCCUGCCCCAUCUCUCUCCCUCCCCACCCCCCACCCCUCCACCCCCCAGAGCCAGGGCUGUCCUUCUACCUUUUCCCCCAAAAAACACGAGAUCUUCCUUCGGCUCUGAGGCACUUCCUCGGGGCCUGUGUUAGUGUCUGCCCUGCCCUUCCGUCUUUCCUACUUGCCCGCGUUCAUCCCUGAGGUGUGGACUGGAGUCGGGCAGAGAGGUCCGGCUGGGAGCCCCGCCCUACCAGUGUUGCCCCUCACCCUCCAUUUGGUCCAGUGUCUGCUCGGAUGUAGCAUGUUCUAUGUAUUUUUAAACCAAGAUGGGAAAACUAUGGCUCCUUCCCCAUCCUAACAGAGGUUCUCCAAGGGGCUCCCCCAGCAGCCCCACUUCGACCCCUAAAAUGUUUUUGUUUUGUUCUGUUUUGUUUUUAACCCAAACCAGGAGCCAGGUCGUGCCAUGCCCCCUCCCUCAGCCCGCUCGGUCCGAGCGCGGGCGUCGUUUGUUGUGAUUGUGGCAUGGAGAGUCCCCCCAACCCACCGUGUGAGCGUGUCCCGGGGUGGGCGGCCAAGCCGCUCCCCAGUGUGUCCAUGAAUAAAGCCAAUCUGUCUGUA